GGGAAACAAAAGGAACUGCCUGGGUUCCCAAGGCUGUGGCCAGCACUUUCAUGCCGGGGCUUAAAUCUCAGAACCGUCAUUACAUCCCGGGGUAAGACUUCUACCCAUAGCACCCCCUGCUUGCUGCUGGGAAUAGGGGUAUAGGGAUAGAGGGAUUUAGGAGUUAUGCCACCUAGACCUUGGGGCCAAGCAGAUGCAUUGGUUUGCAGGGCCCAGGGGUGGGGUCUCUAUGGUGCUGCAUGCAAAAGGAAAAGCCAGGGAAUGGUGACAGCCAGAUCUGCCACGAAGCUUUGUGAUGUCUUCUCUAUGGGAACAGGGGAACAGGGACAGGAAGGAUAGAAAGCCCAGGCAGAGAACUUAGGACGCCUGUUCCUAAUAUGCAUAAAAGCUGAGUCCAGAAAGAUCAGGGCUCCAGUGGUCUGUUCUGGCCCUGGGGGUAGAGGAUUCUAGAGGUGAGUGGUGAGUCCUGUGCUACAGGUACACUGGACACUGCCCACUACUUCGGUUCAGCAUGGGCCAGACCUACGGGCAGGUGACUGGCCAGCUACUUCGAGGGCCUCCUGGUCUAGCCUGGCCCCCUGCCCAUCGCACACUUCUGCCUCCCAUCCGGCCUCCAAGAUCUCCUGAGGUUCCCAAGGGGAGCCUACGUCUCAGGCGUGGGCACGAAAGGCUCAGCUCCUGCAUGAUCCCUGGGUACACAGGUUUCAUACCCCGGGCACAGUUCAUCUUUGCCAAGAACUGCAGCCAGGUCUGGGCUGAGGCUCUGAAUGAUUUUACCCAGCUACAUGGGGGGCAAGGGAGUCAAGAGCUGCCCAAGGAGGCCAAGGGAGAAAAAGACUUGGAGAACGACCAAGAGUCAAAGCCGGAGCUAGAGCUAGAGCUAGAGCUGGAGAAGGAGGCACCGCUGGAGGAGGCGGACCAAGUUUUCCCCUACUCCAUGGACGAUGGAAACCCUCAGAAGUUCUUCAUGUCAGGCUUCACUGGCUAUGUGCCCCGUGCCCGCUUCCUCUUCGGCUCCAGCUUUCCUGUGCUCACCAACCAGGCGCUGCGGGAAUUUGGGCAUAAAGACUCACAGGGUGGAGCCCAGAAGGAUCCCAAACACCUCCCCCCACUUCCCAGGAUCUACCCGCAGAAGCUGGGGCUCUUACCUAACUACGGGGGCUAUGUGCCAGGGUAUAAGUUCCAGUUUGGCCACACAUUUGGGCAUCUCACCCAUGAUACUCUGGGCCUCAGCACUUUCCAGAAGCAGCUCCUGGCUUAGGCUCCUGGAAUUCAAGUUCUUCUUUCCCUCUUCAUCCUAUCCCAGCCAUCCUUCUGGAAGGAUGGGGGAGCACAAGAAGAAGAUGGUUUGGAGGCUGAGCACCUUUUUUAUUAAUAGGUAUAAUAAAUAAAUAAAUACAUACAUAAACAGAA